AUGGGUGCAUCAGGCUUAGGUUCUGGUUUAGCAAAUUGCAUUAAUCUCUCAAAUUUGACACUUAACCUUUAUUACAAUUAAAUUGGUGAUAUGGGUGCAUCAGGCUUAGGUUCUGGUUUAGCAAAUUGCAUUAAUCUCUCAAAUUUGACACUUGACCUUGGUAGCAAUUAAAUUGGUGAUGAAGGUGCAUCAGGCUUAGGUUCUGGUUUAGCAAAUUGCAUUAAUCUCUCAAAUUUGACACUUUACCUUCAUUACAAUUAAAUUGGUGAUAAAGGUGCAUCAGGCUUAGGUUCUGGUUUAGCAAAUUGCAUUAAUCUCUCAAAUUUGACACUUAACCUUGGGUAAAAACAGUUUAUUUGUUUUGGAUUGUGA